UUGCGGUGAGAGGCCGCAAGUUAUUUAGUGUUUACGUUUUCCCGUAAAUCACAAGCAAAAUGUAAACAGUCUUUUUGAUAACAUCACUGUUUUUUUUACUUUUUGAUAGCAAACGACAAAUAUUUUCGCGGUGUCAGGCAUCAGUGUCGUAAACACCGUCGUAGUAAACCGAUUACUGUAACAGUUAUCAUGUUCUUUACUACGAGACCAGGACCUCGAGGAAAAAACCUUUUGGAUCCAUGAAAUUAUGCCAAAAAAGGCAUCAAGCAGAAACAGGGAAUGGGAACGUGAACGUCGCGAGAGACUAAAUAAUUGCUUUAAGUCGCUCGAAAGUCUUUUACCCAGUCAUAACCCAACAGCAUCACUCAGUAAGGUAGACAUCGUUAAGAAAGCAGCCGAAUACAUACGUGAGCUCGAGAAAAAGAAUGCAAACCUGCUAGAGGGAAACACAGAUAAAGAAUGUUUGGAGCAAGUAAAAUUGUUGGAACGUCGUGUAAAAGAGCUAGUGGAUUACUCACAGCUUCUGGCAAGCUUGUUGAAAGCUGCUGGCAUAUCUGUGCCAGCAGGACCUGGGCCGGAUUUGGAAGUGCUAUUAAAGAGACCAUUAAAAUGGUCUGGCAAGCUGUCUCUUGACCAGACCUUGCAGCAGCUUGCUGAGGCACGCCAGAAAAAAUUUGGUAACAAUGUGAAGAAGAAGAAGAACAACAGUAGGACGAGUGGACAGAAGACCAAGGAAAAUGUAAUAAAUGUAGAGCCCAUUCCACAGCCAUCAACUAAUACUGAAGGAAAUGUAAGGAGUGACAUUGUACAGGCCUCUACAAAGAGCAGAAUUAAAUCCAGUGUCAAGAUCAAGAAAAAAUUAAAGAAAGUACCAAAUACUGUGGUAACAGUGAGUGCACCUGUAGCACAUUCAGUUAUUGCCCCUGCUAACAGUUCUACUGUGGGACCUGGCACACUUAUUUUUACCAAUGGCACAGUCAUGCCAGUGUUGUCAACUAGGGUUGUGCCUCUUCCAUUACUGGUCUCCCGUGCUGCAAAGUUGCCAAUAGCAGCUCUUACAAGGCCAGUGGCAGCGCAUAAAACACGUGUUAAUCAUCCUGUUGUGCCUCGGUCUGCAUGUCCAAGCAAAGAUGUCCCAGGUACGAAGAGCAAAAGUAGUUCUACCAACAGACUGGGAACAGUUAAAGCUACUCGUGACACAAGCAAAAAUCACAAAAUCAAGAAAAAUGUGCAUCUUGUGCAAAAGCCAAUCAGUGCAAGAAAAGUCAAUGUAGGAGGAAAUGCUAGACCAACUGAGUCACUUUCUACGGAAAAAAACGGGUUGAACAUUAUUGUGCAUGAUAAUAAAUUUACAUUAUCAGAUGCACGUGAGCAAGCAACUGCACACGAAAAUGUUGGAGUAGCACCUGCUGUUGAAACAGAAGCAAAUACAACCAUGCUGGGACAGGAAAAGAACAAAAGUGAAGCUCAUGAUGAUAUUUUUGACAAAGUACGUACUAGCCACAUUAUAACAACAAAGUUUGAUCAAUCUGUUAACAGCAUCAGUUGUGAUAAAAGCCAGCAAGCCUGUCAGAAGAUGACAGAAGAUCAUCCUAAAAGUAAAGCCACUGGUGAUGAUGUGGAUAUGGCGGAAGCAGCAGAUGUUUUUGCAAAAAUGCAGCAGGAGAAAUGUCCAAGAUCUUCCAACAUAAAAAAAUUAAAUGAGGAUUGUGGAGGCAUAAAUGUUAAUGACAGUCAUCAUAAAUCUACAGAAAAUAUAAUUCCAACAUUUGAAAUUAAUGCUACAAAUGGACCUCCAUUUGAAAUGCAAAUUGGCAAUGGGCAAUACGAUAGAGAAAUGAGUGUGUCUUCCCAUAGCAAUGUUGACAUUUGCUCAGGUACCUCAUGUGAACUGAGGAGUACUACAACCAGUGGGGAUAUGGGAAAUGUUGUUGACUGUGAAAAGGUUGAUAAUGUUGAUAAACCAAUCCCAUUAGAUGAAAACAAAAUCACAGUGGAAACAUCAGAAAUAACAUCCAAUAACGCAGAUGGUGGAAACAAAAGAAAAAGGGGUGAUGAUGAUAUACCAGAAUCUUACCAGCUAACUAGGAAGAAAGGCAAAGAAGUUAAUGGAAAGACUGAAGUGAAUUUGUUUACAAAUUUGUCUGAUCAAGAAUCUACCUCAAAACAGUCAUGCUCUACCUCAGAUUCAGUGAUAAAAUCUAAUACUAAAAGUACUGUUGUAUCUACAUUGCCUAGUCAUGUGAGCUAUAGUGUAGAUUCAUUGUGUAAAACAAAACCUUUAUUAAAGACCUCAGUGACAAAUGCAACAUCAGAAAGCACUCAAAAUGCUGGAUCCUGUUCAUCAGCUACCUCAGAACACAGUGUGGAAGAUCAGAAUGCAUCUGUCCCUGAAGAACUUCUUGAUGUUAUGAACCAUAUUACCUCAGCUGCUAAAAGUAGUGUAGAUAAUGACAAUUUUAAUAAUGUUUUGUGUAGCUCCUUAUUGCAAGAAAAAUAUUCCGAGAAGUGUAACUUGGUUCAGAAUACUUGGUUAGACCAGAGUGUUCGGCAGAUUUUUAAUGAACCAGAUGGGAGUAGAGAAUUACGAAGCACUCGGGAACAUACAAAUUCUCAGGGAACAAGAACAGUAAAGGAACCAACUAUAAAUGAGAAGUCUGAUUUUACACUGUUAAAUAAUAUGUGUCCCACAUCACAGGAUGAGCAGAAAGUUGACAAAACUGCAAAAGAAAUAAGUGAUGGUUCACAAUUAACAGUUUAUGAAUCAAAGGCACAAGGAACUCCACAGGAAGGAGGAUUGAGUUUGAACACUGAGGCUACACCAGAAAAUGAAAAAAAUGCAACUGAUCAGAAUAGUUGUGAGUCAGAAAUGAAAACAAGAAGUGACUAUCAGAAGGUGUCACAAGAAAAGGGUUUUCCAGCACCAAUUUCGGAUACAGAUCUCAACUGCUUUAGUGGUAUCACUUCCAAAACAGUAUUAAAUGAAGGUGUUCCUGAAAAUUUAACAAAACUUGCAGAUAAUGCCAGAAGCCCCACUGAGUCACUAGCAAAAAGUACUAAUGGCCAGGACAAUACACUUGUAACUGAGAAUUGUCAGAGUAAGACACCACCUCCAGCAGAAAAAGUUACAUUGAUAUCGGAAGAGUUACCGAAGGUGUCAUUGGAUAGUGCUACUAAUUCAACUAGUGGUAAUUCCUUCUCUGAUGCAACCAUCCUGUUUGCGUCUCAGCUUCAUUCUGAGGAAACAUUAAGUAAGGAACAACCUUCAGCUAGCAGUAAACAGGCUAUUAGUUACAGCAGUAGUGCUGAAAUCCCCCCUGUAUCUCCACAUGGUAUUACCUCAAAAAGAACUUCACCAUCAGCCAUAGAAAAUAUAAACAGCUCCAAAAGUAGUGGUACACCCUUACUUGCAGGAACAGCACUCUACAAGCAGCUUAAGGACAUUUGUACUGUUGUAUCAUCAGUUACAGACUGUGUGUCAGCAUCAUCUGAAAGUGUUUCAGUUACAGGUCGUAAAAGCACAAAGCCAGUGGAAGAAUCAGUGUCUUAUAAUAUACAGCAAGUUUCUGAGGCUAAUUCCAGUGUUUGUACAAUCCAAUCUGAAAAUUCCAUGGGUGAUAAUAAUUAUAACUCACCCUGUGACUUCAAGACUGUUAUAGGGGUAUCCAAGUGCCUGAAUGUAGAACAAAAGUUAACAAAGUCUACUCAUUUAACCCAGGAAGUGAAUAAUACUAGCCAUUCUCUACAAUACACUGUCACUGGUAAAAUGAUGCCUGAUUUGUCCCAUGAUGUGGAACAAAAACUGGAAAAGACUAUUGAUAUGUGUGCAAGUAAAAGAAGUGAAGAAUUAGUUUCUGAGCAACAGGCAAAGUCAAACCAGGCACAAAGGCAGGCUGAAAAAAAUGAAAGCACUGAUGAUGUAAAGACCACAAGUUCACAAGUAAAUGAAAAGGAAAAUGAUGGAGUUUUAGAAACUGCUAAGGGAGACUGUCAUAAUCUCUUUGGAAGCUGUCACUGUAGUGGCUCUGAAUUUGCAGGUGAUCUGUUUGCAUCUUUGAAUGUUCCUACUGGUCAUUGCUCUGAAUCAAUUUCACCAACAGCUCAGUUUUUAUUGUCAUUUCCUCUUGUGUCAGGGGGAUCAAGAGCAGUCGAUAAUGUCCCAGAUGACAGUGGUGUUGGACAGGGUGCACCAUCAUUACUGCAGAUUGGGGUGUCUGAGCAAAGCAGGAGUGUUGGAACUCAAGUUUGUUCAUCUGAUACAAAUUCCGGUCCAAACAGUAAAAUACUUGUUAAUUCUGAGCAAAGCAUGUCUAGCAAUAAUAAUAAUAAUAAUAAUAAUAACAACAAUAACAACAACAAUAUCUUUAUGACAUCAAAUAGCAGCAGUUAUUCAAAAAUAACAAGUGGUUCUCUUCCAACUAUUGGAAAUGAUCAGCACCAUUUGCCUUUGUUUAAGACACCCACUAAUAACCGUUUCUCUUUUACAUAUGAAUCGUGUGGACCUGUAAAUAAGAGAGCUGUUGAAACGAGUCCCAUCAAAAUGCCAUAUGGCACAUCUGACAGUUUUCAUACAAAUUUCACCCUUCCUGAGCCUUGUUUAGCAUCUUUGCCAUUUGAUAAAACGUUCGAUCACAACAAAAGUUUCCAGUACACAAAUCUCUCAAAACAUCCCAUUACAAGCAGAGAGACGUGCCAUUUGCCUGUCAGUAUUCCAUCAGGUAUUUGUUCAUCACAGCAGUCAAAUAAUAUUACUGUAAAUUUGAUGCAGUCAGAUACUCUGGGCUCAGGAAUUCAUAAGGUGAACAAUUGUGGCAGUGACUUAUUCAAAACACCACUGCCUGCACUUUCUGUUCAAAGCAUUUCUCAAAAUUUGCAGAGUACCAGCAGUGUUAGUCAGGUUUCUGUGACCACCAGUGCAGGAAGAUUCAGUGGCAAUAAUCAGUCAGUAGCAAGUAUGCAGAAUUUACCAGUGAACAGCUUCAGCUGUACAGAUUUCACUGCAUUGCCAGUUCCUCAGAUAUCGUCAUUUGCAGAAGACGUAAAAUCUACAACCAUGUCAUCCUUCUCGAUGGCCAACAGCUCCUCAAACUUUGGAAUUCUAUCAUGGAGUACAAUCCCACCAGUGGCUGCUGCAUCAAAUAUUUCCCACAAUGAGAAUUUUACAAGUUUGCGAAACUCCUCAGAUGUAUUUUUGCCAAAUAUCUCUCCUCCUACAACAAAGAUUGGCAUUGACAUCAACAGUGCCAAGAAUUGUGGGCGAAGUUCAUCUGUAUGCAAAACAGGGCAGCAACAACUAAAGGACUGUGCAUCUGAAGUAUUGAGACAUUCUCAAGGGAUUGGUCCAGGUUAUUCAUUUCCUAUUACAAAUGAAACAGGCCAAGAAACAGUGUCAUCUCGAGGUGUAAUUAAUUCUUUAAUGCCUUCAUCUGUUCAGAACAACACUUUGCAACAGAGCUCAUACAAGAUGUCGUUGCCAAACAAUCAGAGUGAGUUGGGCAGUGAUACAUCGAAAGGUGAUUAUGGUAAUUACAGAGCAGCAGUGUCAGUUGGCUCUGAAUCGUAUAAAAAAUUUCCUCUACCUCAAAGUAAUAAUUACAAGUUAAUGACGUCACAUGCAGAGGUAGUAUCACGCACCAGUGAAAGUCAAAAUUACAAACAAACAUCAAGCCCUGUGCCUCAGAACAGUUACAGUGUAGCAUCAUCAUCUGUGUGUGGUGAAGCAUUUAGUCGAACACCAUUAUUGCAUGAUAAAUUCAAGCCUCAGUCGUCAUCGCAGUUUGAUUUGUAUCACUCGGCACCUGGAAUUGUACGAAGUGAUGUCUACAGGACGAGCCAGGAGAGUCAUGCGGCUGAUAUUCCACCUUUGGAUCAGUGUGGCCAUUUUAAGCCAGACUUUCAUGCAAAUCAAAAGGAACAAUUCAAACAAAAUAUAGUCACAGAAAAACCUAGCAAUGGCAAACAUUUAAUUACAUCAGAUGGAGUCAAUAGCUAUAAUGCAAAUGUGGCUUCGUCAUUCAAGCAAGAUAGUUACAGAUUCUUAGCUGCUUCCUCUCAUUGUGAGCAGGCUUCUAAGCCUGGACCAGCUUGUCUCAGUCUUGACAAUUACAAGUCAGCUCUGAGAUCAAACAAGGUUGAGAAUUACAGAAAAGUUCAACAUUCUUAUCAGCCAGAGAUCUACAAGAGAGGACCGACAUCAGUGGCCUGUGAAACCCACAAGUCUACCCCAAGUUCUGUUCAGUACAACAGCUGCAAACCAGCAUCAAGUAUGCCUGGAGAAGGCACCCUCUCAACAAACACUCACUCAAGGGCUCCUGUAAAUUGGAUGACUACACCUGAUACACGUUGCAGUACGCAGCAGAUAUCUUCAUUAUUCUUCCCACCUGCUACAUCCAGUCAAAUGCAAACACAGAAUAAUACGCCUCUUCCAUCAUCAGCACUUUUCCCAUCACAGUGUGGCCAUGUGAAUGGCCAAACAGCUACAGCAACAACAUUAUUUACGUCCGUUCCUAGUCAGACGAGUCAGCCUGUUAUAUUACCACCUGUAACCUCAUCCCUAUUCCCUCCAGUAACUUGUAAUCACAGAGAAACUGCUAGUAGCACACACAGUUUAUUCCCUCCUCCUGUCUCCAGUGGCACUUACAAUACCAAUGGAAAUUCUAUGACAUCAAACAUUUUCACUCCAGCUUCGAGUCGUGCUAGCAGUUUCCCUCAGGUCCAAUCUUCUCUUUUUCCUGCCACCACUAUUACUACAGGCAACCAAUCAUCUUUGUUGUUUCAAUCCACCACAAGCAAUCUGUUGGGACAGGAUAAUGUCAGUAUACCACCAAUGCUCUUGACAACUUCUGCCAGUCAUGUAGGCCAGAGUGGAAGUAGCUUGGCACCUCUUCUUACGUCCGUCGCUGCCCGUGGUUCAAACCAGUCUUCUGUUGGUGUACCAUCCAUUAAUACGAUGUCUGUAACUCACCAGAAUUCCACUGAUCGGCCACUUACCGGCAUUCCACCAGCACUUCUCCCGACAUCUUCUGAUACCUGUGGUAAAUCUCUUAGCUUGCAGCCACCAUUACCGUCAACAGUAAAACCGGUCUCGGGAGGCACGCAUUUAGGUACCUUGCCUCCGAACACUGCUUCACAUUUAUUUUCACGUGAUGCUGGUAACAGCUUUUGCUCUGGAACAAUAUUUCAAUCAUUUCCAUCAUCAGGACCUACUGUCCAUGACAGUUCACCAUCAGUUUUAUUGAUGUCUGGUUCCAACGUCAUGGGAGAUGCAGCUUCAUCAUCACUCUUCUGUCCGCCCCAUGUGACAGCAACCAACAGUGAUUUCUCAUCAGGCUCAGCACCAUUCUUCUCGUCAUCACUAAUUCCUACUGCGUCAUCAGUGGCCAGCAUACCAGGUCAGAAUAACAGUUGUCUGCCCUCUUCUGUACCCUCAACAUUGCUGUCAACUCACACUUCAUCAGGCAAUAGGCAACGAGACUUAAACCUAUUCCCUGGGCCACCACUGCCACCAACUCAGCACAGCUACUGCCGUCCAUCCGGUCCGACUUUUCCCGGUCUACAAGAAUCUGGUGGUGCUAGCUCAUCUGCUGCCACACCUCCAAGACCUUGCUUUCUGUCUGUCAGCCAGUUGGUGGAAGGAAGUGGUAGUGGAAAAAUUGGGGCGACUCGGAACUCAAGGCGCCGCUCUCGUCGACCUCCGCCACCCUGGGUGUCUGGCUCGUCUGCCCCGGGGAACUUGUAUCAGAAUGUUUCACACUCCCAGCAGUCACUGGCUCAGCCAUCAAGUAACAAAACAGUACAGCAAUUAUGUGGGCGCCAGCCCAGGCCACGAGUCAUUCCGUCUACAUCAUCAGAGCUUGUGGACCUGGGUGGCCUCUUGGGUUCGCCGUUGCUCGCUGAAGAUCAGCCGCCGACCAGUCAGCGCCCUUCCUCACCGCCGACAUCUGUCAACUCUCUGACAAAUUUUAACCUCAGUACAAUAUUUCCUGAGAUAGACAAGCAGCAGCAACAGCAGCAGUCAGCAGCAGGAUACCCAAAGUCUACGACUAUGGUGCCUGACACUCAGCAACGAGAAUUUCCACAUCCGCCAUCAACAUUUGGCAAUGUUGUGAUGUCACCUGCUCAAAUAUGUCGAAUGCAAUGGCCUUAAUCUCAUGUUCCCUAAAGACUGCGGGUCUGAGGAAUAAGCUGUGUGAUCUGAAUUGCUGCUUGUGAGCAGUGUGAUGCGUUUGUGGAUUUGGUAAGAGGACUGAGUGGGGCAGUCAUGGAAUAUCUGCUAUACUGUGCCAUUGAAGAAUGCUGCCUUUAAACUGAGGCACCAACUGAUGAUUUU